GAAGCAUGGUUGUAUGUUGUGUAAUCAAGUAUAGUGGGCAGCUCCUUAAAAUGUACCCUUGCAUAAAAUUUCAGGUUUCUAUUAUUUACCACGGAAUAUAUGGUUUGUGGUUCCGCUAAUAAUAUUGAAUUCGAUCUACCUGUUGUUUGCUUAGCGAUUUUAACUGUGGGAGAACGAAUUACACCAAGCUUAAGUUGCCUACCAGAUAUGGAUAAAUUCUGUCAGGCUGUCCCGUAGACGCAAAUAAAAAGCUUAAGACAUAACAUAACCUAACCUGCCUGACACUGCUGUAAAUUUUAGGUUAAGGUUGUUGAAAAGUUCACAAUUUUUUAUGUUUAAGCCAUGGAAACCCUAUUAAAACUGCGGGAUUUAGACAAAAUUGCCGAUCAGCAAACUGUCCUAAACAACAGCAAUUCGCAGAAAACCACCCGGGAGCAGAUUGCAGUGGAAAGAACCGUCCUGAAAAAGUUCAGCGACUUGCAUGCGACGUUAACUGUAAACCAAGACGUGCCCCUGCUCUCUAAGCACCAGCACAAGCUCUUCCUUUCGGAGUCACUGAGGUUUAUAUCCAGCAAAUAUGAGAUCCUCGACGCUAGUAGAACCUGGAUCUGUUACUGGCUGCUCCAUCCGCUAACUUUGAUGGGGGUGAAAUUUAAUGACGGUCUUAAAAGUGAUAUAGUCCAGUUUCUUGCCAAGUGCCAGAGUCCCAGUGGGGGAUUUGCAGGCGGCCCCGGGCAGUGUCCCCAUUUGGCGCCCACCUACGCCGCAGUCAACGCCUUAGUUAUAGUAGGAACAGAGGAAGCCUACAAGAUAAUCAAUAGAAAAGCACUCUACGAAUUUCUACAAAGCUUAAAGCAGCCCGAUGGGUCCUUUGCAAUGCACAUUGGGGGCGAAAUCGAUAUACGUGGGGCCUACUGCGCCAUUGCAGUCGCCAGUAUCACCGACAUUAUUACCCGCGAGCUGGUCAGCAACACUGCCGAGUGGAUUGUAAGCUGCCAGACAUACGAAGGCGGAUUCGCUGGAGGUCCAGGCCUGGAGGCGCAUGGAGGUUACGCGUUCUGCGGCCUGGCCGCCCUGGUAAUCCUCAAUAAAGGCCACCUAUGCGACAACCGCGCUCUUUUGAGAUGGCUUGUGCACAAGCAAAUGCCAUUGGAAGGGGGCUUCCAGGGGCGCACGAACAAGCUGGUGGACAGUUGCUAUUCGUUCUGGCAAGGCGGCGCCUUUCCCCUGUUGUAUACCCUUUUAGCCAAAGAGGGGUGCGCUCCUAAAAGGCAUCUGUUCGACGAGCGGGCCUUACAAGAGUACAUCUUGAUUUGUUGCCAGUAUUCCCAAGGGGGGCUGAUAGACAAGCCGGGGAAGCCCAGGGAUAGUUACCACAGCUGCUAUGCCAUCAGUGGCUUAUCAGUAGCCCAGCACUUUUUGAAUGAUAAACACAUACUGGGCACUUACAGGAAUGAACUGUACAUCAACUGUGGAAGUCAGCGGUCAGAGCCAGUGUGGCCAGAUUGGGCGAUUUGUCGCAAAUUGGGCUGCUUUUCGGAGAGUGUUCCCCUCGAUAAUUUUGGAAAAAUGCUGGCCAGCACCCACCCUUUAUACAACAUCCGGCCAGACUUGGUGCGGAAAGCCAUGCUGUUCUUCCACGGCUUGCAGUCGUGACAACAGCGCGAAGUUGGAAGAUUCUUAAAAAAUACAGCCGUUAUUAACUUUGUCAAACCCGAGAUUUUAUUACUGUGUUUAUUCCUUUAUUUAAGCGUUAAAUAUUUGAUUUACUUCAUCAAAAUAUGUGAAUAAAUUGACGAUUUUUUGCA